UUGAGUUUAAGCCUGUGUGAAUGUCAUCUAGGCUCAGUGCACCACUGCCCGUGCAUGCAUGCACGAGCCUCGCCUAUGCACGUCCCGCUUGCCGCGCGCGCCCGACGCACACUAACCUAAAACCACCCGAAUUAGAAAACCAGUGACAGUUCCAAUUUUCGAAUUUAGAAUGUGAAAUGCCCGACGAAUCGCCGCGCGGGGGAAAGAGACGGACAUACCUCCCCGCGCUGUUAUUUCGGUGACGUCGGCCGGUGCAUAGCGAAAUAAAAUAAUGAAAAGUGGCAUUCAGUAAAUUGGUUGUGUUUACGCGCGUUGCUAGUUUAUUUGGUUAUCGUCCGCAUCUCGGCCGGUGGCGCCAUCUGGAGUGGGCCACAUCGCGCCCCAUAGUACACAUGGUUGUAAUUCACGGAGCUGUCAUAACAAUAACCUGCAGUGACGAUGUGCGGAGAUGUGUGUUUUUGGCGUGGUGAAACCGCGGGACCGUAGUCCGGAAAAUUGAUAUAGCGGUGUUUUUUUUUCGAAACUUAACCUACGACAAACUUCAGUUGCGCGCGAGCGGCGAUCGCACGCGCUUCGCGUCCCUCGCACACGAAAACCCACGAAAAUCCCCCGAAUGGAUCGCGGGUGACUUUCCGAAUUCGAACUUUGAAGUGUCCAAUCCGGAGCGUUCUAAAUUCAAACGUGAUGGAUCACGAAACAUAAUAAAGUUAUCAGUGCGAACUUUUUUUGCUCAAUUUUGUGAUUUAGACUCUAGGACUAAGUGCCUUCGUACAAACUGUAUUGUGAUGUCAUAGUGCAAAAGACUAGGAUAAGUGAUAGUGAACUAUAUUUUAUUAACGCCGAAUUGCAUAUUGGAACAUUUGAUGGACAAAAACUGCGUAGAUUUUACUCGGGUAGCUGGUCGAGUGCCAUGGCGGAGUGUUCAUUCGCGCGCUGCCAGCAGGAACGUCGCGCCAUUCGCAAGGAACUCCAGCGCUGGACCAAGAACAUGGUGUACAUACUCGGUCUAGAACGGGUGGCGGAGGAGUUGAUGGGGCGAAGAAAAUGGAAAAUAUAUCAGGACGGAUUAAUACCAAAACGGAACGAAGAGGUGUCAAGCGACGAAGAAUCCAUGCCUUCCACAGACCCCCCUCCAGGUCUCAAGAUAAAGACCAUAGAGCAGAUAAACGCGCCAGAAGACGACCGGAGCAAGGACGCUGGGGCGGAGAACAGGGCUCCGCGGCGCCCCCAGACCAUACUCGAGACCUUGAUCAAACAGCCUGCCACGCAGCCGAAGGUGGAAGUUGCAGAAGAGCCUACGGACUGGAAACCGGCGGACAAGUGUUACUUCUGUGUGGACGGCGACAGGGGUGAAGCGGCAGCAGACACGCCGUCAGCGGGACACAAUAUGGACCUCAGCCACCUGUUGUCUCGUGACAACGGCCUGUCUCGGGAGGACGCGGGACACACCGCGGGCCGGAAGAGUCCAGCGUCGGAGUCGGACAGCAGCUCGGUGUCGGGCGGCAAGAGUCCGGGCGGAGGCCCGCCGCUGCUGCAGCACCUGUUGCAGCUACAGCAGCAGAGCCCGCAGGCCAUCGCGCAGUUUCAGCAGAUGUUGGCGACGAUAGCGGCGCUGGGCUCCGGGCUGGUGCCACCGGCGCUCACGCAGGCUUGGCUGAUGCAGCGGCUGGUGGCAGCGAGGCAGCCUGAAAGCAGGCUCCCCGAGGUGGGCGAGAAGGUGCCAGCCGCGAGCUCAUCCCCCACGCUAGUGGAGCAGCCGCUCGACCUGAGCGCCAAGUCCACGUCCUCCACCAGCGGGACCCCUCCGCCCGACGCCAAGAACUUGGACGCCAGACUAAAGCGCGCGGCAGUGGAGGGUGCCAGCAACAGCGGCGCCCGGCGCGCGUACACCGACGACGAGCUGCAGUCCGCGCUGCGAGACAUCCAGUCCGGCCGGCUCGGCACGCGGCGCGCCGCCGUCGUCUACGGCAUCCCGCGGUCCACGCUGCGCAACAAGGUCAACAAGUUCGGCCACGACCACCACGACUCCGACGCCGACACCGACCCCGAGCGGGACUCCCCGCCCUCCGUCAUCCUCAAAAUCCCCACCUUCCCACCCCCCGACGAACCCACCCCUGCCCCCGUCACUCCCGUCACGCCGUUGUUGCCACCACAGCCCCAGUACAACCCUUCGCAGCUGAUCCUGCCACCAUCAGUCUACGCCGACCCACCCACCAAUCAACACUUGUUCACCUCAAUCAGCGACGUCAUAGCCAAGAGCAUCAGCCAGAAAUUCCUCGACCGGCCCGUCGACCGGGCGCAGAACGACCUCUCCUUCAUGAGGCCCGACCGCCACGUGUCCGUCAUCAAGACACCGCCGGAGAAUAGGAAUUACCCCUCGCCGAGCAACUCCCGCGCACAGAGCAACAACAACGGGCAGCCGGCGACGGGCAAGGGCACGCGGCCCAAGCGAGGCAAGUACAGGAACUACGACCGCGACAGCCUGGUGGAGGCGGUCAAGGCCGUGCAGCGCGGGGAGAUGUCCGUGCACCGCGCCGGCUCCUACUACGGCGUGCCGCAUUCGACACUCGAGUACAAGGUGAAGGAGAGACACCUGAUGCGACCGAGGAAGCGCGAGCCGAAGCCGCAGCAGGACGUGACGAAGCCACAGCCGCCGAAGCCGCCGCCGCCGAAGCCGCCGGUGAAGCCGUUCACGAACGGGCUGAACGGCCCCGAAGCCCCCGGCUACCCGGCCGGGUACCCGUUCUGGCCGGGCGCGCAGUUCGCGCAGCCGCCGGCGCCGGACCUGUACGCGUCGCACAUGAUGCGCCGCCUGCGCGAGGAGGCGCCGCCGCCGGCGAACGGGUCGUUCCUAGAGGGGAUCAUCCGGUCGAGCCUGGAGCGGCCGGGCGCGGGGUCGCUGCUGCAGCGGCUGACGGAGCCGCGGCCGCCGCUGCCGAGCGAGGCGCCCAGCCUGCUGCGGCGGCUGGCGGGCGAGGACGAGGCGCGGCGGCGCGCCGGCGAGGCGGACGAGGGCCCGGCGGCGCGGCGGCCGCGCGUGGACUCCGGCGACGUGCAGCUGGCGGCCGACCUGCGCGACGUGGUGCAGCGGCUGCGCGCCGACAAGCUGCGGCCGCAGCGCAACGGCACGCCCACGCCGCCCGCCGCGCUCGACGCGCCCGCGCCCGCGCCGCCCGACCGCGCCUAGUACACCACCCGCCCGCUCUGGUCCGGCGGCGGCGCCCUGGGUUAGGUAGCACGCUGGCACGCCACCCGAGGACACGCCGCUGUCCCCGGCGUUGUGCUCGGCGCAGGUGCAGAUUCUGAGACGUUCCGAUCUCCUCAGCCUUUGUGAUAAUAUUAUGUAAAGUACAUUCCGUUGGAGAGGGCGCGGCUCGAAAUGUCAAGGUUCUGAUGCAAGCAGACGAUGACUUGGCCUCGGUAUAAAGCAGCGAUCGUGAUGAUACACUUAUCCAUAUCCAAUGAAUAAUAGCAACUUUGUAUCUAGGCUACCAUUAGAGCUUACCUCCCGACUGAUAUCGACCUCACCAUCUGGUUAAGACGCUUCAACAUUUUUUAAAACGGCAUUUUGAAAGUUUACACACGUAUUUUAAAAUUUAAAAUUUAUUGCCUCCACUUAAUGUGUUGAAGUGUUUUAAGUUUAUCAGGUGGUGGUGUUGGUGUGGUCACGAGGCGGGUACACCGACGUUUACAUUUAUAGAGUGCAAUAGACCUUUAAAAAUAAAUCUCGCAUUAUUUGUGUACUGUUGUAGAGACAAUAAUACUGGCUUUUAUUCAUGUACUCACUGGGUUGGUUUCGCAUUUACAACUUUGUUACUCGUAUUAUGUAUAGUGGGAUCUGUAUUUAUACAAUCUUAAGUUUCAGCUUCAACUUCAACCCAGAUCUCUUCACAUAGAUGCGCAAGAGUGGCUCGCUUUUUGCUACUUUCUUUACGUUUUGGAUCAUCUCUUUGAUCUUCAAGGAGUGCAUUUGUAACGAUAAAAAGUCCGCAACAAGCGAGACAUCUUGCCCAACACUUGUAAUCACCAAAUAAUCACAAUAGUUACCUAAAAUCACAAACCAGUUCAAUAUACACAGCUUUAUUAAUGCAAUAUCACAAUAAUAGUUUAGAUACCCGAGACAGUAGGAACAGAAAGUGUCUGGUGACACAUAGCGCUCUUCCAACGAAAUGUUGAACAAAUUAUAUACAUUUUUGACUUUAAAUAAUGAUUAUACAACUCGUAGUUCAUAUAUUUACAAAACAAUUACAGGAACAGGAAAUAAACUAGAAAUGUAUUUACAAGAAAUUUAAAAAAAGUAAAAUGACUGGCUGGAAAAAAGAAUAUCGCUAUGUGUCACCCCGACGCCAGGGUUGUCCAAAAUUAUCGCUAAUCCGGAGAGCCUCAAUUUUUGACCUUGUUUUAAGUAAAAGACAACCAAAAGUUAACGUUAAAAAUUAACUAUUUAAAUAUUUUUAAGUGAAAAAAAAAACAAUGUAACAAAUUAAUUAUAAAGCUAGCUAUGAGUGUAAAUGUUAUCGAUUUUUAAGUGAACUAUUGCAGAUUUUGUGCGGUGUUUUUAUAAUUAGAUAGGUAAUAUAUUGAAUGAAAUUAUUAGCGCUAUUUGGCGGGCGUUGCGGUAUCGAGAUUAGAGACGCGGCGGCGCGUCCGGCGGCGACGCGCGACGCGCAGGCGCGCGGCUUCGACGUAUACGAAGCAAGUUCGGACUUAUGUGCAAUUAUUAUUUUGUAUAAAAUAGUAAUUUAAACUGUGUCUAAGCUAACACGUGGAUUUCCAUAUUACUGAAUGUGAUAUUUAGGUAUUACGAAUGCGGUUUGUUUGACGACCUGCGGGGUUUCCCCAUCAUUAUAUACACGUACGUACAUUAAAUACAUCUAGUGAACUUAUAUAUUUUAUGUACUAUUAUUGUAUCUUAAGAAGAUAUAUUCUUAUUUUUCAUGGUCCAAGUUUUAAAUGUUUUAUCGACUAUACAAAAAUAUGGAUAAUCAUUAUUAUAUUCUUGUCGACUUUAAAAAUUAUAAUUAGCCCAAAAAUCCUCAAAAAAAAUGAUAUCUUCAAAUUUGUGAAAUUUUUUGGUGUUCAAUCAAAAGUAUAUUAUGGAAGUACGAAAUGAAAAUAAUGUAUACGCUCUCCCAAAAUAAAUUUAGGUAAAACUAUUUGGAUAUAAAAUUAUCAUACGAUACUUAUUGUAAGUUAUGUGUAAAUGUGCGCCUCAUGAAAAUUAAGAAGUCUUUGUAUUAUGUAUGUAAUUGAAAUAUACAUCUAUUAUAUACAAGUUAAAAUAAUGUCGUACAUUUUUCUUCGGAGACCACGAGUGAUGUGCAAAAUAGAUCUACGGCAGAGACUGGACUCGACAUUUCGACAUAUAGCCGCCCUACGACCACACGACCACUCCACUCGCUGGACUCACUAUAUCUGAAUCACGAUACAUAUCCCCAUGCCGAGGUGUCGAACACAUUCUCUAUAAAAGAAAUCAAAAAUUUUUAUAUUCAAAAUUUUAAACUAGUCGAUAGCAUCUUCACCUUUUGUUCGUUCAUUCAUAAUUUUCGACGUCUUUUUAGCAUUUAAUUCAUAAAAAAAUAUCUAUAUUAAUCGUUAUGUGCAUUUAUGUGAGUGAUAGGGACUUUUGUACGCUGGAAAGUGUAGAAGUAUUUAAUUUGGUGAUGUUGUGACAGCCCUACCAGACCGCAUUUCAAAUUGCGUUUGGAAAUCGAACAACUUUUUUUAAAAUACGUACACGAAUCUGUGUGUUAUGCCGACAUUUGUUGAUAGCUUAAACAAACGUUAUUUUGUAUAAGUUGUACAGAAAUAAUAGGAUGGGACAUUUUGCAAAGAGAAUUUAGAUAUUAAUCAACAUUCCGUUUAGAAUGUUAUUAGAUUUUUUUAAAUGAUAAUAUAAAUAUUUUUUUGCAUCGGGAACAAAUCAUUAUGUUGUUUAAUCUUAUUUUGUAACGUUAGUUAAUUUUAAGUGGCUUUAUUUUUUAAAUAACCCUAUAUAUAAUUAUAAUAUUAUAUUGAGAUGUUAUACAUGUCAUUGUUUUUGUGCAAAGUGUUUGGGGUUCGAAUCCCGGGUUAAAAGAGAGUUGCGACUGAUAUGUAGUAGAAAUUAGCCGAGUGCACCGCACCGGCCGGGUCGGUACAAAUGGUAUACGCCGCCUUAACACUUACAAUGUUAUUCUACGUGGUCCCUUCAAAGCUUAAAAUAAUCAACAACAUAAUACACAAGUAACGUCAACUAUAAAAUACCCAAAGGCAUUUUUAACCUGUUGAUUACUUUAAACAGUAGGCUGAAGACGAUUGUUGUCAAAGACUAGAAUUGGAAAUAAAGAACCAAAGGAGAUAAAUUUUUAAACGACAGUCAAACUGUCUUUGCUCAAAUACCUCAUGUCAAUAGUGGCACUUUAGUGUCACACGCGAGAACAUUUGAAACAGAAGUCCCGUCUACUUGGAGAGACCACUGGUUAUAGUGAAUCAUUUUUAUUGUAUAUUGUUCAAUCAUUUUUCCACAUAGUUUAAGUAUUUUAGUUAAAAACGGUAGUGUAAUUUUGAAUUAAUAGGUAGCCGGUAGUAAUUCUUUAAUAUUUUGUUAAUUUUUUUUCGUAAAUGUAAUAAAUUCUCCAUAAGGGUUAGGUUAGUGUUGUCGGCGGUCCUCCACUGGUCCAGGAACAAAAGACAAUGAAGGGAAUUUGCAUUUUUAAUUAAAAAGUAUAAAACUUAAGACUCGCGGGAUGCGCGCGUUUUCACCGCAUCUCCCGUUUCCGAACGCAGCGGCUCUCGUACUUUUUAAAUUCGACUUUCCAAUUCCGGAAUUAGAGAUUUGAAUUUAAAAAGAAAAUUGUGCGGUGUCGUUGCGUGACACUCGUAAAAGACAUUGUCAGAUGUUAUUGUAAGUUGGUGAACACUUGUUGUUUGUUGUGUGACUGUACCUUUGUAUAUAACGAGCGUAUUUAAAUAAAGAUAUUCAACCCAUUCACAACACUUCAAUAUAUUCCGACGUGCUACGUCACAGGAUCGAUAUCUUUAUUUAAGAGGCUCAACAAUGAUGCGUUUCACUAAAUGUAAGAUUCACUUUAUUGUCACUAAUUGUUUUCCUUACAUCUGUAUGUAUUUCUAGAUUAUUAAUUUUUAAACAAUAAUUAUUGUACCUACGUCUUAUUACAAUAAUUGACUUAUCAUUAUUAUUGUCAUUUUAGAAUUAUGGAAUGGUGAGAGAGUAGGACGGAAACAGUUGAGAAUGUAAAAGACAUUCUUUUUAAAAUACAUUAUGUACAACAUGAAGCAUUUAAUUUUAGACAUAUUAAAUAUAAUGUUAUCUUUAUCGAGACGAUGGACGGAGUUAAAUUCGAUCGGACAUAGAUUCAAGUAAUAUUUAUUUUACAAAAGACGCUUAAUAAUUUCACAUCACACAGCUGGGGACGUAUUUUGAGAAUGUUUUCUUUGCUAAUAUUGUGUUGAGAAGAAUGUGGCAACGGACCAAUGUAAGAGAUAGGCCUCUGUUAACUGAAUCAUUGAACGGCUCGCGUUUUUAUUAUAAUACUUAUUAAAAACCGAUAAAGGAGCUAACAAGAUCAAAUUAUAAUAUUGUUAUUUAAUUAUUGAGUACAAGUUUUAAUGAAAUAUUUUUUUUUUUCAAUAUACCUUACUCGCCUCUAUUUUUGUUAUUUUGUUCCUUUAGUUUUUAUUAUUAUUGUUUAAUUUUUCAUAACAGAAUAAAUAGAUGAUUUCGCGUUAAUUUAGGCGACUCAAUAAUUAUUAAUUUUUAAUAUAAAAAUAAUAUAUAUUUUCACUUCCUCAGUAUGAAAGUGAUGUUUAUAGAUUUAUUUUGUUCUUGGUCACUUCAAAGUGAAGGGAAACUGAGUGAAACAUACGAUUGGGUGCAGAACUGAUUGGCUGAAUAUUAUUGUAUUAAAUCUAGUCAAAUUUAAGAGAGGGGAAUAUUUGGAAGCCUAGCUUGCGACACGUUUCGACUGAAUUUUUGAUAAUUCGAUAACUGACGUCCAAUGCGUCGCUAGGCGACUAAAAAAUCGAUUUGAAAUUGUGGAAUUGUAGAAAAUUGUAGAAAAACCUGUUUCUUACGUACACUGUACCUACGUAGCAUCGACGAGGUGAACUUUUUCAUAUGUAAUGUCCUUUAUCUAUAAGAUCUUUAUAUCUUACGUUAAAUAUCUUAAUGAACUGGCUGGAUAGGCAGGUGUAAGAAUGUGAGGAUAUUUAAAACCUGUAUACAAUAAAUUUCUUUCAUUUGUUGAA